GCGUUGGUGCGGUUGCUGUGCUUGCGACAUCCGAAGGCACUAAAUCGAGCGCUGGCGCAUAAAAACAGAGGUCGUUUGGAUGUUGUGUCGAACACACUUCUUACAUCCCAUCUACCAUGGAUUUACUGCACAAUAGACGCAGACAAGCAGCCUCAAUCACAGAGUCCUCUCUUCUGGGAACGUCCCUUCCCUUCAUCGCUGGUUCCGUGAGCCCUCUAGAGACAUGGGAGGAAGUGGACAUAUCGUCCACCGACUAUGCCCGUAGGCGAAGCGAGCUGAUUCAGAUGAUGGUUGACCUCCGAUCAAUGGGUGCCGACGCGCUGAUUGACUUGCCAUCCGUGGUCGUAAUUGGUGGUCAAUCCGCGGGCAAAAGCUCGCUCGUCGAAGCCGUCAGUGGGAUCAACGUCCCAAGAGAUAGCGGAACAUGUACAAGAUGCCCUAUGGAAUGUACAAUGUCCAGUCAUACUUCAUCGUGGUCCUGCACUAUCACCCUACGUAUCGGCUUUGAUCGUAAUGGCCGGGACCUCCAAAAACCUACUAAUGUGCCCUUUGGCCAAACGAUCACAGACAAAAGUGAAUUUGAAGUUUGGCUGCGUCGUGCUCAGGCGGCUAUUUUGAACCCGGACAUCUCUUCUUCGACUCUCCACACAAAAACUAUCGAGGAACUUAGGAACAUGAAAAAUACAUUAAAGUUCUCUCGCAACGUGGUGUGCGUCUCAAUUGAAGACCCCGAUGCGACUGACCUGUCGUUCUAUGAUCUACCGGGCUUGAUACAAAACGAGGAAGCCGAAAUCGUCACCUUGGUGAAGAACUUAGUGGAAUAUUAUACCAAGAAAGAAAACACCAUCAUAUUGACCACAAUUCCCAUGAGCGGCGUACUUACGAAACCUGACACGCUCGGUGCCGGGGCUAUCAACCAGCGCCGCAAAUGGGUAGAAAUCAUCGAGGGUCGUUCAGAGGAUCACACAUUGAGGCACGGUUUUUACUGCGUGCGUCUUCCCGAUGACGCCGAACGUGCACAACGCCUGUCUCGUGCUGAAUCGCAAAGGCGUGCCGCUGAAUAUUUCGACACGACGUCGCCUUGGAAGGACGUAACCGACCGUCAUCGAUUUGGAAUUCCAGGCUUUGUUUCUGAUGUCAGCCGAUUGCUCAUUCAAUUGAUCGAAGAAACAGAUGAUGUCGACAAGCUCCUUGCCAAAUGUAUCAAGGACCUCGACGAACUGCCGCCGCCACUUGCAAAUGACCCGCAAAUCGAGGUCUUAGGACGAGUGAAUACGUUCUGCGAUGUCUUCAAGAGAUUCGUGAAUGGCAGUCACGAAGACAAAUGUCUUGCGCAGCGGAAUCGCACUCUCUAUGCCAUUUUCAAGAGGGACAUACGUGGCACUGCCCCCGAUUUUAGGCCUUUUAGUCAUCCGGAACACUAUGUUCCACUGGAUGAUACAGAGGGAAAUAUGACUCUUUCUGAGCGCGAUCCUGGCGUGAAAGUAGUAGGAAUAAAUGACAUCCACAAGGUCAUUCAGGAGGCAAUUGGAUGGGAGCUUCCGAACAACGUGCCAUAUCAGGCGAAGGCCAACCUCAUCGCUCAAUUUACCACACUCUGGGUUGCUCCGUCUGAGCGCUGUCUCGCUGGUAUCAACGAUGUACUCGAUGAAGUCAUUAACACACUCAUAAGCACCCAUUUUGGACGAUUCAAAGUUCUUGAGGAUUAUUUUGGCAAUCUGAUUCGAAUUCAGGUCGACAUCUGUAAGGCUCGCGCCCAAGUUGCUGUUAAAUCAGCGUUAGAUCUGGAAACUACUCCGCACUAUACUCAGAACACGCACUAUCUUCAAACGCUCCGCGACAAAUGGCUAUCACGUUAUAAGACAGUUCGGAGUAGACCUUCUCAGUACAAGGUUCGCCAUAUUCGGGAGGAUGAGGUACCCGUACCACCACGACCUGAGACGCCCAAGCGCCCGAGUCCCGAUAAUGAUUGUAAGGAAUGGGGACAGGAAUAUUCUUCGCCAAUAGUUUCGCAGACCUCAGCAUUCCUAUCACCUGCAUAUACCGUCCCCUCAGAGUCAAAGUCGAGUAAGACUAAAACCCGCAUCACUUCGACUCUACUGGCAGAUACGCCUGAGGACAAGGCUUUGAGGGCUCUUGCAGAAGCGGGGUAUGCAAAUCUUCGGGUUUCAGAUCUUGCACGGUUGUUGCCUCCUGACUCGUUCGAGGAAGAGCUAAUUGUGAUGGCUGAUGUUCGAGCUUAUUUUCACGUUGCCUACAAGCGUAUCGUUGACCAUAUUCCUUUCACGAUCGAGCAUACUCUCCAUCAUGCUCUGGCUGGACAACUUUCGCAAAGCCUUCUCACUAGCUUGCUGACUGAUAUUGCGUCUGCACCCAACUUCUCUGAGCGUAUGAACGAGUUGGUCAGCGAAGAUGCUUCUAUCGCUCAGAAACGCAUCAUGCUCUCAACAAGAAAACAACGCCUAUUGGACAUUCGCCGGAGACUCGUGACCUUCAGCAGUAGUACUUGAUCGCCGGGAUCCGGGGGAGUUGCGAUGUAUGUUCGUUUGCUGGGCUUUCAUAUUUCUACGGCCACAUGUCAAUAUGACGUCCU